AUGGACGAGGAUUUGGAAUACUGGCACAUUCGUACUACUGAAUCAUUUAAUCGUGCCCUACUAGAAAAAAACGCAACUUUACGUUUGGUAGCUGAAGAUGGGAAAUAUACAUUCUUUACCCACGAUUCUUCAUCAUCAAAGCAAUUCGACUCCGUCUUGGAUCAAUCUUCUUUAGAUUUCCCUCUUAUCUCCUUCAUUGAUAGACAUGGAAAUUGUCAACAUUUGGGUUCAAUCAGCGGUCGACUUCGCAUAGCUGCCAACAAUGAUUCAUUCGAUCAGCUUCGUGAAAAUGUACUUAAAGUGAAGGAAGACUCCAGGAAAACUAGCUUUUCCGUAUGGAAACCUGCCACAUCACGAUCAAAAUCAACUCCUACUAUUUCUCGACGGACGAUCCCUUCGAAGUGCUAUGCUCAAACCAGAGCUUCAAACCUCCGGUCUUCCACUAAAGAAGCGAGUUCUCAAAAUGCAUCGGAACAAUACCAGCGGGUCUUAAUGGUAAUGGAAAAUGCUUCGAAGAAGCGGACUGAAUUGGAGAAACGAAUGGCAGACGCUUACUCAGACAAAUCUCUAUCGCAGGCCCAACUUGAAGCUGCCAUUUCUGUAAGUUGUAGGCUGUGCACAUAG